AGAUUAUGAGAGAUUUGCACAGAUUUGAUUGCGGGGUUGAUGAUCACACGGUUUUUAGUCGAAAUGACCCCAAUAAACACAACUCACGAAAGUGGAUCAUGUUAAAUUUUUAUAUUGCAACCGUAAUAUUCUUGAUCUGUAUCUCCAUGCUAUCUUGCAAGACGAAGAUAACCAAAAACGGUGACAUGGUUGUUUUCGAAGGUAAUGGUGCCACUGUUGCAGCAGAGUGUGGUGGCAAGGCCCACAGUGACGGUUGUGGCCGUGGUGGUCAGAGCAGUUCUGAUGCCCCUAAAAGUAAUAGGAGUGGUUGCUGUGCUGGUUGUGGUGGUUGCGGUGGUGAUUGUGGUGGCUGUGGAGGUGGUUGUGGUUGAAAUGGAAGUUCUCAUUCCAUUUUUUUAAAAUUCAAUUGUUAGUUAACAUCAAACAUGAACGUUCAUGUUCUCUUCUAUUCUCGGUGUGGCUUCGUAUAAUUGAUCAUUUAGU